AAUUGGCUCAACUCUUCCGAAUAUUCUGACUUUGAUAAUUUUGGUGAAAUAUCUAAACAUAAUUAUCCUUUUCAUCAUCACUUUCACAAGCAGGAUUCUUUUCACAAUAGUUAUCAACAAGGCGAUGGUAUCGAAAUUAUCGAUUUUUUAACCUCUUCAAUUUACACUGACGAAGUAUAUGAUUUUAACAUUAAGGAUGAGGAUCACAUUGCUCCCAGCUCUCUUAACAAAUACAAGUCUAAAUUGGAUGACUUUUUGGAAACACCGGAUAUCUUGUCAUAUUUAACUCAAGUAAGAUACACAGAUGAUGUAUAUGGAAUGCCCAUAUUUUUGAAAAGACUAGUUAAUGAGGCAAAAGAUGAAAUUUUCAAUGAACAGGAAAAGGUAAAUGAAAGUUAUCGUAAGACAGCGAUAGAAAGGUUAGAAAUGGUGAGAGAACAUUUGGUUAAAAAAAAAGAGCAGAGUACAGAUAAUGAGAUGUACGAAUGGUUAGAUAAUUGGACUGAGAAAGACAUGGAACGAGUUUGGGU